CGGCGAGGAAGACGAAGACAUGGCGACCCCGGCGGGCGGAAGGCUGGGCGCCUGCUUGGAGAGACUGGGCGCCGCCACGGCCAACCCCGAGCGGUUCCUCAGCAUUCAGGAUGGACUUGCGGAUGACUUCAUCUCUCUAACAAAAACAUUAUACGAUUUCCACAAAAUGCUUGGAGCUGAUGUUAUUUCUGGAAGUCCUUUAAAGGAACUGGUGAUAGAUAACUUUGAUGAAGAACAGAUUUGGCAACAGCUAGAACUCCAGAAUAAUGCAGUUCUAGGCUACUUCAAGAGAGCUGUUGCUAGAGAUGUGGAGGGAGAGGAGGAUCUAUGCCUUCUCCCAGCUUCAGACAAGGAUGGUUCUGUCUCAGAAGACAAUGAGGAUCAGGUGGGUAAUGAGGACCAAAUGGAAGUAGAGACGGAUUUCAACAAUGAUCAUCUUGAAGAGGAAAGUGAGCUUGAAGGAAAGAGAAAUUGGCUUGGGGCCAUGGAGGACAAUGCAUUUAGUGAUGAUGAUUCCAAUAUGGACUUUGACAUUGAUAAGUUGGAGCAGCAAACCCGAACAUCAAAGAGCACUGUGAAAAAAACAGGAGAAAAGUCCAUAGUGGAUGACAUUUUCAAACUGGCUGAGAUGGAGGCUUGUUUGGAUGCAGUGGAGAAAAGACAAAUCGGAGAGAAGGGUGAUGAAGAAGAAGAAGGAAUAAAUUAUUUUGAGGACAUUUUUUCUGAAGAUUAUGAGAGUGAGGAUGAAGAGGAAUUUGGAGACUCCAAAACAAAGAUCAUCAAAAGUGCUCGUGAUCUUAAAUAUCAGGACUACUUUGAUCCUGUGGGUGAUUAUGAAGACUUCACAAGUGAACACAAGGAUAGUGACAGUGACCAGAUUGAGGGAAAGGAAGAAGAGGAAGACAAUAGAUGAUGAGUAUUUGAGGAAAUGGAUGAAAUCAAACAGAAAGGAGGGAAUGAAAAAAGCAAAGAACCUUCUAAAAGAGUGACGUUCAGCUUGCCAAAUGACAGCGACAUAGAAGAGGAGAUAGAUAUGUUCCAGGCAAAGAGAAAUAGUUCCGCUGAAACAAAGUCAUCCUUUGAGAAAAGACAGGAAAAGAUGAGCGAAACAAUUAAAUCGCUAGAAAAGGAACUGCUGAUGGAAAAGCCUUGGCAGCUGAGAGGUGAAGUGACAGGACAAAAGCGGCCUGAGAACAGCCCUGAGGAAAUGGUUCUUUUUGACCAUGCAGUCAAAAUGGCUCCUGUGAUCAGAGAAACAACUCUGGAGCUUGAAGAGAUUAUCAAGAGAAGGAUAAAAGAUCAGGCUUGGGAUGAUGUCGUUCGUAAAGAAAAACCGAAAGAAAACCCCUAUGAAUAUAAGAAGCGGUUGACUCUGGAUCACGAGAAAAGCAAGCUGAGUCUUGCAGAAAUUUAUGAGCAAGAAUAUUUGAAACUUAAUCAGGUAAAAAAAACGGAAGAGGAAGAAAAACCUGAGCAUGCAGUACAGAAAAUGAUGGACUCACUCUUCCUGAGACUGGAUGCCCUGUCUAAUUUCCACUUCACACCUAAACCACCCGUCCCAGAGGUUAAAAUUGUCUCCAAUCUCCCAGCAAUAACCAUGGAAGAAGUUGCACCAGUGAGUGUUAGUGAUGCUGCCCUCCUUGCACCGGAAGAGAUCAAGGAGAAGAACAAAGGCGGGGAUGUGAAAACAAAUGCUGAAAAAACCACUGACAAAAAGAGGGAACGGAGGAAAAAGAAGCUUGUGAGCGCCUGAGGCUGAGGAGAGGGAGAAGCGGCAAAAACUCAUGAGAAGAAUUUGGUGGAGGGGGCUAGACUGAGCAAAAAGGCUUCGGCUGAGAAACUGAAGAAGCUAACCAAGGAAGGCAGAACUGCUCUGCUACAGGAUGAUGGCAAAGACAAGGCUUUGAAGUCCUCCCAAGCCUUCUUUUCUCAGCUGCAAGAUCAAGUAAAAAUGCAAAUUAAGGAUGCAAAGAAAUCCAAGAAACCUAAGAAACGAGAACUCUCUGCCCAGAAGCUGAAACUGUAAUAUAUUAUGCAUGUUGUAUUUUAUAAAUUAAAAACCAGAGUUCUGUUUUUCUAAUUUAA